AUGUCCGCAAGCACAGACUCGCGUCGGAGCGCGGGACAACGAUUGGAGUGGGUGGGGUUGCCAGCGGCGCGAUCAGGUCUAGACAAAAUCAUGUUCGUCAAGAUCAACACGAAACCGUGCAAUUCCCAACGUGCAUGCACCGAAGCGGCCCAUGGCGAGACGAAACGUGAGCUGAUCUUCACCGUCUCCGUGGUGUUGCGAUAG